AUUUAUGAGCACUAUCACAACAUACCCUUCUUUGUAACAAUCUCCAAACACCUUUGUCACCAAAAAAAAAAUCUCCAAACACCUUUGUAAUUUCCAUCCUCACAAAUCCCCAUUCCCAUAUUCCGUGAAUUGUUUCAUUAUUAAUAUUCUUGUGAUCAUUCAUCUUCGUUUGGAGAAUUGAAAGCGAGCAGUGAUGGGAAGCGAAGGGGAUGAGAAGAGAAUUAUAAAGAAACCAAGGUUCCUAUGCCUUCAUGGAUUCCGAACAAGUGCAGAAAUCCUUAAGAAACAGGUUCAUAAGUGGCCCCAAUCGGUGAUUAACGAACUCGAUCUCGUUUUCUUGGACGCUCCUUUUCCCUGCCAAGGCAAAUCCGAUGUUGAAGGAAUCUUUGAUCCUCCCUAUUACGAGUGGUUCCAGUUCAACAAGGAAUUCACAGAGUACACCAACUUUGAUGAGUGCUUGCAAUAUAUCGAGGAUUACAUGAUCAAGCAAGGUCCUUUUGAUGGUCUUCUAGGUUUCUCACAGGGGGCAAUAUUAUCAGCGGCACUGCCAAAUCUCCAGGACAAGGGUGUGGCACUGACGAAGGUUCCCAAAGUGAAAUUUCUAAUAAUAAUUGGAGGAGCUAAGUUUCGAUCACCAUGGGUGGCUGAGAAGGCAUAUUCCUCUCCCAUUCGCUGCCCCUCCCUUCACUUUCUUGAAAUGUCGAAAAAUAACGACUCCAUGAAGGCUUUCAAAAAAGCCAAGAAGGCAGCCGCUGCACAAAACAUCUCGGUCAAGGCGGCACAGGAGGGAUCUUCUCAAACCACCAUGAAACUGCCUGUACCAGGUUCCCCUGGGCAGAGGAGGGUGAUCCCUACUCCUCGGGUUCGCCUGGUAGAUCCUCCACAAACUUCUACUGCUGCUUCUAGUGCUCCUUCCUCAAAAAAGCAGAAAAUAAAUGAGCCAUUUAACCUGGAUGCCCCGGAUUUUGAUGCUGUCGAGUUUGUCGACCAGCAAGUUGCCCCUUACGGUACGCUUUCUACGGAUGACGUGUCCCUUCUUCAGCAUUUAGACUUCAUCACCAGAAACAGUGUGAAGAUGGCACAUAUGGGUGCGGCUAUUUUCCGAACUGUUCAGGGUAUCCCGAUUCAUGCUACGAAGUCUUUCAUGGAAGAGGCUAAAUCGGAGUUUGAUCGGAUCAAGGGUCUGAAGGAGGAAUUGGAGGUGAAGUUGGCGAAGGUAGAAAAGGAACUGGAGGGUGAGAAGGCUAGCUCUAUCGCCUUGGCGGCUUCCUUGAAGUUGGCUGAGGACAUGGCAUUGAAGCACAAGGAUAGCUAUGUCUCAGCUUAUAGGGAGUUGGUGCAUCUCUGAGAUGACUUGGAAACUUCUCGGGUUUAUUAUGCCGAGCUCCAGGGUCACCUUGUGGGCAGCGUGACUGCCGCCUAUGAGAAACUGAUGGAGCAGUUACAGAUUGUUGCCCCUGAUGCCGAUUUGACUCUCGUUAGUCUUGAUAACGUAGUAAAGGAUGGCAAGAUUGUCCCGGAUGAUCCCGAUGAUGACAUUGAACCUCCUCCUGCGCCUUCUCUUAAAGCUUCUGCUAUGCCGGUUUCUUCAGCCCCCUCGACCGUAGUUGAGCCAGAUCCUGAUUAUCAGAACUUGAAUCGAGGUGAUGGGAUAGUGGAUGCGGUGCCUCUCCAGACUCGUUGUCCUUCACCUCAUGUUGAUGCCACUAGUGGAGGACCUCCGAAUUUUCUUUAAUUAUCUUUGGUAUAUUUUGGUAUAGCCCGGCCCGUGGGCUUUUGAACUUUUUAUUUUGUAACGCCUGCUUUUGACUUUGGGUACUUCUCCAGUUGCUUUCGCUUUAGCAACUUUAUUUUCGUUAAACAAAGUAGUCACCAGACUUGAUGGUUUCUUGAGUUUGUUACUGCGCCUUGUAUUUGGAUUGGACCUUUAUUUGCUUUAUGUUUGUAGCCCGACUUCUUGUUAAGUCUGAAUCCACCUUGUGUGUUGGUCUUCUUUCUUUGUCCCAAAGUUAUCUUCAACAAUCCAUUUCUGUUGGACCUUUUCUGAGGUCUCUUAUUAGGAUUUGCUUUUUGAGGUUUUCGGGUGGCCAUCAUGUCGAGCUUUUAUGAAUCCUUUCUGUAAUUCUCCUACCUGGCCCUUGUUCAAUUCUCUUUUCAGAGAUUACUUGAUAACUCUUUGUCUUUUGUGCCGACUUCGUCAUGUCGAGUUCUUUUGAGUUAUUUUCUGUAGCUUUAUUUUUCCAGACCGACUUUGUCACGUCAAGCCCUUGUCGAGUUACUUGAUAAUCCUUUUUUUUGGACCUUAUUUUAGGUCUCUUUCAGGGAUCGUCUUUUUGUAACUUUAUCUUUCUGGGCCGACUUUGUCACGUCGAGCCCUUGUCGAGUUACUUGAUAAUCCUCUUUUUUGGACCAUGUUUAGGUCUCUUUCAAGGACUAUCUUUUUGUAACUUUAUCUUUCCGGGCCGACUUUGUCACGUCGAGCCCUUGUCGAGUUACUUGAUAAUCCUCUUUUUUGGACAUUGUUUUAGGUCUCUUUCAGGGACUAUCUUUUUGUAACUUUUUGUAGGAGUCCGACUUCAUCAUAUCGGGCUCCUCGAAGUUAUAGUAAUCCUCUUUUAUAGGGUUGGCCAGACCUCUUUCCAAGGCUUUACUUAUAACUUGGGUUGUUGUGGUUGGUCCGACUCUUCGUGUUGGCCAACCUUUAAGUUAUUUUAUAGCAAUCCACUUUAGGACU